GCUUCUCACAGGAAGGAGAGUUUGAAGUCAAUGACGGAGACUUUCUAUGCUGCCAUAUUUGGAUACGAUGAGGGCAUCCUGUCUGACGACAGAGUGCUGGCUGCAGCCCUGUGGAGGAACCUGUUCAACAGAGAGUGUGAGGACCCGCGACAGCUGGAGCUCAUGUUGGAGUACGUCCGCAAACAGAUGCAGUACAUCGACUCCCUGGACGCCGAGGACCUGCUGCUGACCGGGGAGGUGAAAUGGCGCCCCAUGCUGGAGGAGAACGCGCAGAGCAUCCUCAAGGUGGCCACGCCCACCUACAACGAUGCCGGCCUCUGAGGCCCCGCCCACUCCUCUCUCUCUGCAUCUCCCAACAUGUUUUCCUGUUGGUUUCUGUUUUUUUUCUUCCCCCCCCCCCCUCUAGUAUCAUUGUAGACAAUCGCCAUGGAGAUCUGAGGAUACUGUAGUCCUAACCUUCAGUUGUGUUCCCCCCCCCCCCCCCCCCCCCCCCCCCCUCCUUCUAUCGGGAGGUGAGAGAGGAGUUUGUUUAUUUUCUUUAAUCCUCCUCCUUUCCUCACUCCAUCCUUCUGGAGCGAGACACUCAAAGGGACGUCUCCCCCCCUCCUUUCUUUAUCUUCUCCAUCGCCGGCCUAUCCCAGAUCCAUACCCCCCCCCCCCCCCCCCCCCCCCACUCAGCUCGGAGAGAAAAAUCUCAGGCACUCUCGCUCGCUCGCUCUCUCUCGCUCUCUCUCUCACCCAGUGACCUUUGCCCUCCCCACCAAAAACCGCCCUUUGGCCCCACCAGGCAAAACACGCAGACCCCCCCCCCCCCCGGCGCGGUUUCCUGUGAGUUCAGAGAGCACUUCCUGUUUACAAUAGUACCACUAGGGAGGAAAUGAGAACGGAUAGACACACACCAAGGAAAGACCUCAAACUGCUUCUGUGUAUUUAUAACGCUCACAUUCUCACAUAAUGCAUGUCCACAUAAUUUAUAUAUUUUUACCAUUUGUACGUACUUUUCAUCUUACUGCUAGAACUUUACAUUGAAUCACAUUCUCAAGACUUGCAGAGACGACAAACCUCAUUGGGCCCGGACGCAAUAAUAGAGAUUUCAAUCAGCAAAAGCUGUUUUAGGUUCAGAGGUCGUCUUCGUCGCGUCAGAGAGCUCAUGUUCCUCAUCUCCGCUCCUUCUCUUCGUGUGUGUGUGUCUCUCUCUCUCUCCCUCUCCAUCACCUGUUCCUUGCGCCUUCUCUCUGAACUGUACAGGAAAGCUUUUAGCCGACCGUUCCCCACAGACCAUGUUUAACAAUGAGGUUCUCCUUGUUUUAAAAAAACACUUAAUAAAAAUGUUUCUCCAGACGA